UAUGAUAAACAGUAGAUCUGUUGCCACAGAUCACCUCAGCCAAUAGACAACUAGAUAAUACAUCUCUUUUUGUGAAAUACCUUAUGAUUGGACAGAUGGAGACCUGUCCUAAGUAUUUGUAUGAUAUCCGGGACAUUCAACAAAUAGGAGAUCACAUCUUCUCAGCUAUAGCUUGUGUUUAUCAAGACUGAAGAGAGUUUAGGUCAACAUGGGUGACAGCAGGAAGUCAAGAAGCUCUGCUGGUCAUAAUGAAGUAAGCAGGACAAAAGAUGUAUAUUCUUACUCCUCCUCCUCCAGGAGGCAGGUUAGAUCCAGUAAAGCUAAAGCAGUGAAAAGGAGGUCUGACUGCCAGACUAAGGAGAAUGGAGCCAUGCCAGAUAUUCCUCUGACCCCAACUGACAAAGAACUACAAAAAAUGAUGAAGAAACGACAUUCCUUGGCACCUGUUGCUAAGGAGUUUGUGGACUUCAUACGUGCUGGGGACCACAAAAAUGUGAAGCGUAUGAUAAAGGAACGUGUGGUUGAUGUAAACUUACGGGACACAGAGGAUCCUGUCCUACCCACACCUCUAUUGAUUGCUGCAGAAAUGAAUGACGAGGAGAUGGUACGGCUGCUGUUGAAGGCCAAACCUAAUCCAGCCAACAUCAAUGAUGAGACCACCAAGGGCAAGCGGGCAAUAUGGUUAGCAGCUAAGAAUGGAAAUGUGACGAUGGUUGAAUAUUUACUUAACGGCAAAACACCAUGUGAGGUCAACAAAGUAGACAAAGAAUCAGGUUGUUCCCCAUUGUUUCGAGCUGUCCUCACUGAGUCGGCAGAGAUCUGUCAGAUGCUGAUCAAAGUGGGCGGUGAUGUUAACCUCCGUAGACUGUCAUUAGAGAACAGCAAUGAGACUCCCCUCAUCAAAGCCAUUCAGAUGGACAAUAGAGACAUAUGUCAGAUCCUGAUUAACUCACUCUGUAAGCUACAGACAAAGACUGACGCUGGUCUGAAUGCAUUGCACUUUGCUGUGGCAUACUGUCGCUAUGAUAUUGCAGAGUUACUCAUGGAAAAUGGAGCCAAGAUCCAUGCUAAAAGUAACGCAGGGGUCACUACCAUGUCAGUCGCUAUAGAAAACCAUAAUGCUGCCAUGGUGAAAAUCUUACUUACAAAUGGAUAUAAGGUGGACAAGAAAUAUAAAUGGAAGGAGACCCCACUUCAACAAGCUAUCAAAUUACAUGCCACAGAAAGUGCUCUGACUUUAAUUCGACAUGGUUGUACUGUCAAAAAAGACAAAGGAUCAUCUUAUAUGUUCAUGGCAGUAGAAGAAAAACUGGUACGGAUUAUUAAAUUCUUAAUAGCACUGAAUCCUUUGUCUUUGAAUGAGGAAUGGUUGCAAAAACAAAUGUGGCCUGUGUCUAUCUAUCAGCGGCCAGAUAUAUUUAAUUGGCUUCAGAAAGAGGCUUCAACUCCAAGGACUCUUAAGCAAUUGUGUCGUGCAAGGAUAUUUAAAUUACUUGGAACUCAUGCUCCUUCCAAGACUAAGGAGCUUCCUCUGCCUGAACCCCUUCAGGAAUUUUUACAAUACAAUGAAUUUGUGAAGGAAGAAUAUUACCGACGAAAGCCCCUUAAUUCCAAAGAAUGUCCCUUUGACUGUCCUCCCAAGUGUUCAUACAGAUAUUGCCCUCCUAUAGAGGUCUCAGCAUCUGAAUCUGAGUCGGAGUCAGAUUCAGAUAUAGAAACAGAUUCAUCUUAGCCAACAAAGUCUUACAUUAUGAAAUCAAAAUGCUUUUACUGACAUUUUUUCCACAGAUUAUUUUUUUCAUUUUAUAUGUUAUAUUUGUUCAUCAUAGAUCUAAUCUACUCCCGUUAUUUUCAUUUUUUAGUAUUUAUAUUUUUACAAAUAAGUCUUUCAAUUUAAAAUUAAAUGAUAUCUUAAAUAUAACAUAAUUGCUAUUCCUCUUUUUUUUUUAAUCUGUCUUUGAUUUUUUCAAUCUGGUAUUUAUAUUUUCACAUAUAAGUCUUUCAAUUCAAAAUUUAACUGAUAUUUUAAAGGUAAAGUAAUUUCUAUUCCUCAUAUUUCAAAACUGUCUUUGACAUUCAAGGAUUUCAUUCUCAGUAUCACAUAUAAAAUACCUUGGAGUUUUUACAUGACAGAAUCAAGAUUCCUGUAUACAUCACCUGGCUGAUAAUAAAAGUUGACUAGUCUCAAAGCUGUUACAGAAUAAAGCAUUAUACCUCAGAUUUCCAUGUAAUUCUUUGAUAGAAGUUUAAGAGAAUCAAAUGCACUAUUGCCAAAUUAAUCAAUUUUUUAUGAAUGUGAAUCUAGCUGAGCAAGAGCCAUCUAUUCUCUCAUCAGAGAAUUCACUAGAGAAGAUACAAGAAUGAGAUCUGAACCUUUGGAUUUCAAAGAAGCAUAUUUGGUGUGUUUUUACUUGGCUGAAAAUUUUAAUUCAUUUUAAUAAUUUUAAGCAUUCAUCAACAAUUUUGAUAUAUAUAUUUUUUUAUAUAUAUUUAAUAUUGAUUUGUUCAGGCAACAUACUUUUUGAUUAUUUUUUUUUACAUGUACUAAUAAAAUGAUGAUGUACCUCAGGUAGAUAUUACGUCUUGAUAACAGGGUAUAUGAUUGGUAGAACCAUCACAUGGAGACAUUGGUCAUUUAUAAAAGCAUAUAAAGCUGUACAAUUAUGUUUAGAGCAUUUAUGUAAAUGUUUAGUAUGUGUAAAACAGUUUUUCAAUGGUUUGUGAUGAAGUUUGUAUUUUUAUAGACAAGCUGUUACAAGUACGAAUACAUUUAGAUAAAUGGCAUAAUAUACAGUAGCAGAUCAGCCAAUAUAAUCUUUAUGCAUGUUGAUGUUAGACAUACAAAACACUUAUUGUAUUUUUAAUAGAAUAGCUUAUUUAUUCUGGUACAACUGUGAUUUCAAAGAAGUGUCGCUGGAUUACUUCCCUUUGGAGUGUUUUCCUACUUCCAUGAUGGUUUUAUUUAAACUGAUCCAUUAGUAUACAGCACAUAAAUAUGAUGAAUCUUCAAUAAUUGAAUUAAACACUGAUAUUAUUUUAUUACUGCUAUUGAUAAAGUAGAUGUACAGUGUUCUUUAUAAUCCUAACAUUAGUUCCAGUUGUAGUUAAUCCACCAGUUAAUGUUUUGACAGAUUUCUAGGUAAUGGUGGGGUAUUGCUGGUAUGCUGGAAAUACUAGUUCUUUUUAUAUAUAAUUGACAUCCUGUCUCAGCAGUGAUUCAGACAUCAUGUUUGUGUUAUACAUGUCCGGUUUGUCUUUCCUUAUUGUACCAGUAUUGUAGUGAAGGACAGGAGUGGAAGUAGAGAUCCGAUUAUAAUUAAAAUGUGUAAGGUUUUAAUUAGGACUUCUAACUGGUAAUAAAUUCCUCUAUGUGGCCUAACUACAUGAGUUUUAUUCUAAUUUUCAAAAGACCAUUAUUUUGUUGUCACUUUCUGUGAAGUUCACCAUAUGAGAUUUACACACGAAUUUAAACAAGGUGAUACUGUUCCCUUACUCUUCAUUUGACCAAUAUUAAUGCAGAUACACUCGGCAGAUGUCUACCCAUACUGAAGUAUCAUUUACCAGCAGCUGUUGUUUAAUUCUAAAUCUAAUUUGUACACAACAAAAACAAACAAGGAUAUGAUCCGGAACAUACAACAUCAUUGUAAAUCAUGUUUUCAAACUAAAAAAAUAUGUAAAUAUUGUAAAAUUAUAUCUCUUGUUUACUUUAUCAGGUAAUUAUAAACUUCACAUUGUAAACCAUUUCAGGUUGUUUUAUUGUGUACAGGUAUCAUAUAAAUAAUACUGGACUUCAAUUUGAGGUUAAAGUUUUAAACUUGAACAAAACGAAUUGUGACAUUGAACUCUACUUUCCAUCAUUUUAGAAAAGUUUCAGUUUGAAAAUCAUUCAAAUAAAACUGAGCUUCUUUUACUUUUGCUACACAAAAUAUGUUGCUUUUCUCACUAAUUCCUGAUGUUACUCCCUAAUUAUGUGAGAUAAUAACAAAUACCUGUUCAAAACAGCAAAUAACUUUGUAUAACGAAAAAACUCAAUGGCACCACUAACUGAUCACUUCAGCUUCAUUUAAGGCCACCAAGCUCAAAUUGAAUUAAAAUCUUUUAAACAUCUUGAUUCUUCUUCUUGAGAACCAACACAUUAAGAAAGCUGAUAUUUGGCCUGUAGCAUGCUGGGGUGAAUGACCCUGACCUCAAAGGUCACGAGAAGCAAAUCUGCUAAAAAUAUGUCAAAACUCAGGUGAUCAAGGGCCUUUUGUUAUAUCAAAUGAUAGUUUACCUUGAUAGGCUGCCAUCAACUUGUACAUCCACAGCCGUUUAGUCUACCUUUAACCAAAUUCCAAGUGACUUUGGUCUUUGAGCCUCCACUCUGAACCUUUCUAGAUUUUCUAGACAACUUUAAAAUGUUUGAAAUAGUUUCUUAGUUCUUGCUUUCAGAAAAAGGGUAUGUUUUCCAAAAUAUGUGUGACCUUGCGAUGUUGUUUACACGUCUGGAAAGG